CGUCUACGUUUUUAUGUCUAUGAGGAAGAGCGAGGACGUCCAGGACGGAGCUCUCACUCCGCCGUCCCUCCGCCAUCCCUCCAUCCAUCCAUCCAUCUUCCUCCAUCCCUCCACCCCGCAGCUCAGAGGGGGACCUGCGGUCUGCGGGGAGCCUGGUCCGGGGAGCUCACCCACAGCCUUGUACCAACGACUAGAAGCUAGUUCCCGUCGUCGGCGCUGCGACUAGAUCCGGGUGAAAGUGAUUUAACCUCGAUAAGAUGUGACUCCGAGUCCGGUCGAGGCGGCUGACACUGCGCAUAUAUGUGCCCCGGUGCCGGCACAGACACCCCUGCUAGGCUAACUCAAUACAUCUGGGGCAUUUACGGUGUCCACCAGGGUUAGGUUAUUGUUUUUAAAAAAAGCAGAGGGGAAAACAAGCUGCUAAGAUGAAAUUCACGGAGCACCUCUCUGCUCACAUCACCCCGGAGUGGAGGAAGCAGUACAUCCAGUAUGAGGCUUUUAAGGAAAUGUUGUAUGCUGCUCAGGACCAGGCACCAUCUAUUGAAGUCACAGAUGAGGACACAGUCAAGAGGUACUAUGCCAAGUUUGAGGAGAAGUUCUUCCAGACAUGUGAAAAAGAGCUUGCCAAAAUCAACACUUUCUAUUCAGAAAAGCUGGCUGAGGCUCAGAGGCGAUUUGCCACCCUGCAAAAUGAACUGCAGUCGUCACUCGAUGCUCAGAGGGAGAGCUUGGCCAAUGGGAGGGGCCUGAGAAGGAGGAAGACGGUGUUUGCACUUUCACAGCAGGAAAGAUGCAAACACAGAAACAUAAAGGACCUCCAGCUGGCCUUUUCUGAGUUCUACCUCAGUCUCAUACUGUUACAAAACUACCAGAACCUGAACUUCACGGGUUUCAGGAAAAUCCUCAAAAAACAUGACAAGAUUUUGGAAACGUCGAGAGGGGCAGACUGGAGAGUGGCUCAUGUUGAAGUCGCUCCGUUUUACACAUGCAAGAAAAUCACACAACUCAUCUCUGAGACCGAGGCAUUGGUCACAACAGAGCUGGAGGGGGGUGACAGGCAGAAGGCCAUGAAGAGGCUCAGGGUUCCUCCACUGGGAGCUGCACAACCGGCUCCUGCGUGGACGACCUUCAGAGUGGGACUUUACUGCGGAGUUUUCCUCGUCUUAAUAGUCACUGUGGUCAUUGCAGGGGCUGUGGUGCUUCCUAAUUCAGAUGUCUGGCCGAUGGUCAGGAUCUACAGGGGAGGCUUCCUGUUGAUAGAAUUCCUCUUCCUUUUAGGGAUUAACACUUACGGCUGGAGACAAGCAGGAGUUAAUCAUGUGCUCAUAUUUGAACUGAAUCCCAGAAACAACCUCUCUCACCAGCAUCUGUUUGAGAUUGCAGGCCUGUUGGGGGUGCUGUGGUGCGUCAGCCUGCUGUCGUGUCUCUUCAGUGACAGCAUCCUAGUACCGAUGCAGGCCAACCCACUCGUUCUCUACGGCUUCUUCCUGCUGUUUCUCAUCAACCCCUUAAAGACCUGUUACUACAAGUCACGCUUCUGGCUGCUGAAACUCCUGUUUCGAGUGGUGACGGCUCCGUUUCAUCGUGUUGGAUUUGCCGACUUCUGGCUGGCCGACCAGCUGAACUCUCUGGUCGUGGUUCUGAUGGAUCUGGAGUACAUGAUCUGUUUCUACAGUUUCGAGCUCGACUGGAGAAAACAUAACGGACUCAUCAGCAGAGGUAAAGAUGUGUGUAACUCCUACUCCUACGGCAUCCGCGCCGUGAUAAAGUGUCUGCCUGCGUGGUUCCGAUUCGUCCAAUGUCUGCGACGUUACCGUGACACCAAGCGAGCCUUUCCUCAUCUGGUCAAUGCUGGGAAAUACUCCACUUCCUUCUUCGUGGUCACGUUCUCCGCCCUCUACAGUACACACAAAGACUCUCCUCAUGAAAGCCAGAUUUUCUUCUAUUUGUAUGUUGGCUGUUCAGUAGUCAGCUCAUGUUACACACUAAUCUGGGAUCUAAAGAUGGACUGGGGCCUAUUUGACCGCAAUGCAGGAGAAAAUACCUUCCUGAGGGAGGAGAUAGUUUACCCACACAAGGCGUAUUACUACAGUGCCAUAGUGGAGGAUGUGCUCUUGCGUUUUGCAUGGAUUUUAACUACCACCCUCACCACACUAACUGAUUUUCAUGGCAUUUCUGACAUACUAGCUACAGUCUUGGCUCCCCUGGAGGUCUUUAGGCGAUUUGUGUGGAACUUUUUCCGUCUGGAGAACGAACAUCUGAACAACUGUGGUGAGUUCAGGGCCGUCAGAGACAUCAGUGUGGCUCCGCUCAACGCUGACGACCAGACUCUGCUGGAGCAGAUGAUGGACCAGGAGGACGGGGUCAGGAACCGGCAAGGCAAGAAGAGCUGGAAGAGGAGCUACAGCAUGAGUCUACGCAGGCCCCGACUGGCCUCACAGUCAAAGACCCGUGACACCAAGGUCUUGAUAGAGGACACCGACGACGACUCCUGACAUCAGGCCACGCCCCUCGCCUGGGUUCAGAAUCUGUUCAAAGGAGGAAACUCCGCCUCCUAAAGGAGGAAUCACCCAGCGAACGGGCGUUGGAACUCUCAACCAAGGAAGAGCAUUGAACUCGUAUUAUUUUCUCCAUGCAUGAGCCUCCGCUUGGAUUUCUGAGUCAUUUCCAGAGAGGAGCGCUCACUUUUUGGGCUCAUCACUUAAACUACCUUGCCCAAGUGGUCAGUGAAAGCCUCUCCAUGACAGUCAGCCAGCAGUGGACUCUUUAACGGCAUCUAGUGCACAGCCUUCCCUUUGGGUCUUCUCAAAGCCUCAGCAUGAACAACUAAACGGACCAAAACCGAUGUGGCAUGAAGCGUUCCUGCUGUUUUUCAGUGCCACAUACCCCCCGCCCCAACAGAGAGAUGUGAACAACUUCAGCGUCGCCACGGUCCGUUAUCCAUGUGUCCCAACCUCUUGUUAAUCUUAGAAAGAGGCCUUUAACAUAUUAUGUGCUAUUGGCACAAGAAGUGAUUUAAUGUAACCUUUUUAAUUUGAAUCAUGGAAUGAACUUGUAGCUUUCUUCAACAAUAAUAUAUAAUUUAAAAGUUUCCACUUGAUCGUUCUCUUCUGUUGUGACAAUCGCAGACUGAGCUGAUGAAUAAAUGUCAGUCAGUCGCCGUGCUCCUUAACUCACACUUUUAUUUUUCACACGUUUUUUCUACUCGCACUUUUCAUGCUUCAGGAACACGAAAAGGUCAGGAACACUUUUGUAGGAAAGGUCUACUGGAACGGAGUACCGUGGUUCUCUUGGAGAACCUCGGGAGACGGUCGUUGUUGAUAACUGUAAAUAUGACUCAAAUGAUUAAAGUUCAAACAUACGUAACAGCUGCUGGACUGACUGCAGUCAAGAAGCCAUUUAGCUUUUUUUUGUUGCUUUUUUCAGAAACAAUGAACAGAACUAACUUCAUCUAACCAUGUGGGGACAUAUCCUCAAUGUCUUCACGUUUUCUUUUUCCCCCUGAAUGUACGAUGGUUCAUUUGUUUUUCCGCCAAAGGGAGAUAUGCUUCAAAAUGCAUGUGGACUUAUUUACUGUAGGUUCAAGAUGAAUGCAAACAAUCAUGUCCGCAGAAAUCAUGAUUGAGUUCUGCUUGAAGAUGAAGGAGUUGAAUCAUGAGAAA